UUGACAAACAAUCACCCUGAAUGCCCCGUAAUAUAUUUCCUUUUCAAAACGCACAAAAGCGAGAAAGAGGACAUAUUGCAAGCUAACGAAAAUAAACUAAAAACUCGACCAAUAAUUUCGGCAUGUGAUUGUCCAACAGACCGGGUUAGUUGGCUAAUAACAUCUACCCUUACACCAUUGUUGAAAGAAAUACCGGCACACCUAACGAAUACGGUACAACUCUUACGGGAUAUUGAAGACGUGGAUUUACACGAUGCGAGAAUGGAAAGUUUUGACGUGGAAUCGCUAUACACAAACACAAACAAUGAUGCUGUUGUUGAAUGCCUCUUCCAGCUCCUUGCCAAGAAUCUGAACUCCAUCAAUCUACUCGGCAUUACACCCUCUGACCUGAAGCAACUGACACUAGCUUGCCUCAGAUGCAAUAUUUUCAGGUUCAGGGGUGAAAACUACAAACAAAUAAGGGGCCUAGCCAUGGGUAAUCGACUAGCACCAUUACUGGCUAUCACGUAUAUGGACUCCGUAGAAAGGAGAUGUAUCAUUAGGGAUGUGGUACUGUAUCGAAGGUAUAUUGACGACAUCUUGAUAAUUACCAAGGAAGAUAAAUGCAUGGAUUCAAUAUUCUCGUUAAUGAACAGCCGCACAGAAGAAAUAAAGUUCACACGAGAGGCACCAAAUGAGGAAGGUUGGCUACCGUUCCUGGAUGUGGAAUAG